CCUAGUUGUGUGCUAAUGAAUAAGAAACCGUAAAGGCGAACGAUCGCAAUGUUCUGUGUACGCAUCUUUAAAUGUUCAAUUCAAUCUUCAUCGCGAUCAGUGCCAGAAAGCAACUGAUAAAGUUGCACGACAAAAUAUAUCGUAAAACUACCGGGCGGGCGUACCGUAGUUAUUGGAAUUGCAUCGAGUACGGUUGUCAGGGAGAAAUCAUCUUGCAAGAGCUGAAAGGUGGUCAGAUCAAGAUUACCGCGGCCCACAACGAUGAUUGUACGUCAGACUAUCUAAAAAAUCGCCCGGCAGACAAAAUGCAUUUGAACGAAAGCGAAAUCACGCGGUUGGCUGAGAGUUUGUUGAAUGAUAGCGCAAGUUCCGUUCCAAUGCUAAACGAUCACUAAAAACAACACAAAAGAUGAAUAAAAAGGCUAUUUUACUGAACAGAGUGUCCUA